AUGUAUCAAAACUCAUACUGUACAGUUCUGGGACUAAAGAGAUGGCUUACUGUUAAAGGACAGCACUGGCUGUCCUUUACAGCAGUGACGACCUCCCUACAAGACCUCCUUCAUCCCUCUCCAGAAGAGGAGAAGAGGAAACACAAGAAAAAGUGCCUGGUGCAGAGCCCCAAUUCCUACUUUAUGGAUGUGAAAUGCCCAGGAUGCUAUAAAAUCACCAUGGUCUUUAGCCAUGCACAACUGGUAGUCUUGUGUGUUGGCUGUGCCACUGUACUCUGUCAGCCUACAGGUGGAAAAGCAAGGCUAACUUCCUUCAGGAGGAAGCAGCACUGAAAG